GAAGCAGGUGACCGACGUGAUUGGCUGAAGUGUCGACUGAUGUAGUAGCGUGCUAUCGUUCCAUCGGUCCUCAGUGAGCUGUGGAGAAGCCGCUCGCACCGGGAGGCUGGAAUCUGCUUACCAUCAAACCUCACUCUCAGUUCUGUUACCCGCUCAAGCUCUGUUUCACCAUGCUGACCCGUCUGUUCUGUAUGCACGGCCUCCUGGUGGCCUCCCACCCCUGGGAGGUGAUCGUCGGCACAGUCACCCUCACCAUCUGUAUGAUGUCCAUGAACAUGUUCACUGGCAAUGACCAGAUCUGUGGUUGGAACUUUGACUGCCCCAAAACAGAGGAGCAAAUUCUGAGCAGUGAUAUCAUCAUCCUGACCAUCACACGUUGCAUUGCCAUCGUCUAUAUUUACUUCCAGUUCCAGAACUUGAGACAACUGGGAUCCAAAUAUAUUUUAGGCAUUGCUGGUCUUUUCACCAUAUUCUCCAGCUUCGUAUUCAGCACAGUGGUCAUUCACUUUCUUGAUAAAGAGCUCACGGGUCUCAAUGAGGCUUUGCCCUUCUUCCUGCUUCUCAUCGACCUCUCCAAAGCAUGCGCUCUCGCCAAGUUCGCCUUAAGCUCCAGUUCUCAGGAGGAAGUGAGGGACAAUAUUGCUCGUGGCAUGGCAGUACUGGGACCUACCUUCACUCUGGACGCCCUGGUGGAGUGCUUAGUAAUUGGAGUGGGAACCAUGUCAGGUGUGCGACAGUUGGAAAUCAUGUGCUGCUUUGGCUGCAUGUCUGUCUUGGCCAACUACUUUGUGUUCAUGACUUUCUUCCCUGCGUGUGUCUCACUGGUGCUGGAGUUGUCCCGUGAGAGUCAGGAGGGCCAUCCUAUCUGGCAGCUGAGCCACUUCUCCAGAGUGAUGGAGGAGGAGGAGGACAACAAACCCAACCCUGUAACCCAGAGAGUCAAAAUGAUCAUGUCUCUGGGCCUGGUGAUGGUUCACGCCCACAGCCGCUGGAUCGCCGAGCCCCUGUCCAUAAACAUCCCCCAGGUCGGAAUGGAGGGGGACCACUUCUCACCCAGGAGGAUCGAGCCAGAGAAACCGCUUUGGUACUUCUACCUCACCAGGAUGAUAACCAUGGACAUUGAGCAGGUGAUCUGUCUGGCCUUGGCCCUGCUGCUGGCUAUCAAGUACAUCUUCUUUGAGCAGGUUGAGAUGGAGUCUACGCUGUCACUGAAGAACCCCAUCACUAUGUCCGUCCCCGCCAUGACCCCGCGGCAGCCCACUGAGACUUGCUGCAGGAAGGAGCCGUACGCUCCCCGACCUCUCGCCCCCGCCAGGAACGUGGCUGCCCCAGCACCCGCCAACAAGACAGAGAGAGAUGAGGUUAUCCGGCCCCUGUCUGCCCUGGCUGCAGGUCCCCAGCCAAAGAGCUUCUUUGUCGUGGGGGAGGAAGAGCUCAAGUCCGAGACCGAUCAGCCGAGCCUUCCCCCAAAGCCCAGAGGCCUGGACGAAUGUGUGGCCAUCCUCAACAACCCUGAUCUGGGGCCUCGGUUCCUGAGUGAUGCUGAGGUGAUGCUGCUGGUCAACUCCAAACACAUCCCUGCAUACAAACUGGAGGCCAUGAUGGAGAGACCAGAGAGGGGAGUGGGCAUACGAAGACAGAUCAUAUCUGCGAAGCUUCCCUCUCCUUCUGCGCUCUCGUCCCUGCCAUACACUGACUACGACUACUCCAAGGUCAUGGGCACCUGCUGUGAGAAUGUGAUUGGCUACAUGCCUGUACCAGUGGGUGUGGCUGGACCGUUGCAUCUGGAUGGGAAGCAGUUCCAGGUUCCCAUGGCAACCACGGAGGGCUGCUUGGUUGCCAGCACCAACCGCGGUUGUCGAGCAAUUGCCCUGGGAGGCGGAGCCAGGAGUCGCAUCCUGGCUGACAGCAUGACUCGAGGACCCGUGGUGAGGCUGCCGUCCGCCUGCCAGGCUGCUGAGGUCAAGGCCUGGCUGGAGAGCACGGACGGUUUUCAGGCCAUCAAAGAGGACUUUGACAACACCAGCAGGUUUGCUCGGCUCCAGAAGCUGCUGGUUGGUCUGGCUGGGAGAAAUCUCUACAUCCGCUUCCAUUCCAAGACUGGAGAUGCCAUGGGGAUGAAUAUGAUCUCUAAGGGCACAGAGCAGGCCCUGAGCAGACUGCAGCAGCACUUUCCAGAGCUGCAGGUGGUGGCUGUCAGCGGAAACUACUGCACCGACAAGAAACCAGCCGCCAUCAACUGGAUCGAAGGCAGGGGCAAGUCUGCUGUCUCUGAGGCCACCAUACCCGCUAAAGUGGUCAGAGAGGUUUUGAAAACGACGACAGAGGCUCUGGUGGAGGUGAACAUCAGUAAGAACCUGGUGGGCUCAGCCAUGGCAGGUAGCAUCGGUGGAUUUAACGCACACGCAGCCAACCUGGUGGCUGCCAUCUACAUAGCCUGUGGACAGGAUCCAGCCCAGUCAGUGGGCAGCAGUAACUGCAUCACCCUGAUGGAGGCGUCAGGACCAACAGGGGAGGACCUGUACAUCAGCUGCACCAUGCCCUCUAUAGAGCUAGGCACCGUGGGAGGAGGCACCAACCUGCCCCCCCAGCAAGCCUGCCUCCAGAUGCUGGGCGUGCAGGGAGCCAGUCAGGACUGUCCAGGGGAGAAUGCCCGGCAGCUGGCCAGGGUCGUGUGUGCCACUGUGCUGGCUGGAGAGCUCUCACUGAUGGCUGCUCUGGCUGCUGGCCACCUGGUCAAGAGUCACAUGGCACACAACAGAUCCAACGUGAACCUUCAGGAGACUCCGGGGACGUGCACCAGGAAAGCCUCCUGAGAGUGAAGAUUUGGGCAGUCAAAGGGACUAAUCGUUCAUCAAUCCGAACGGAGCUGUCAGAGAACGCGCCGGUGUCUUUUGACCAGUGUCUAUUCAGGAUAUGAAAAGGAUCCAUACAAGCGCAUCAGACUGUUCUGAGGGAGUAUUCAUUUUGUGUAUCUGUUUGUAUUUUCUGGAGCUGUCUAGGAACACUUCAUUGCUGACUUAUUUUAUUUCCACAUUUAAGAAUGCUGUCAGGUUUUUGGGAAACAUGAAACUUUUGUGCUGAACCUGUUGCCAGACGGAGCAUUGUGAAUGUUUGGGAUUGUUGAAUGUGUGCGGCUGAGCAUGGGAACUACAGGGGAAGCUAACAAGCUGAGAAGAAGCCCACACAGUUCGGCAGGACUGCGAAGCAGACUCGAGUACUGGUUGGACCACAAGAAGACAGAAAGAUUAGCCAUGACUGACUUAAGGAAUGAAUGAAUAAAUAUAUGAAAGAAUGAUCUGGAUCCAAGAGGCACUUUAAAACUAAGAGUGCGAGCCUCAGUCAGUCAUAGCGAGUCUUCCUGUUCCGGCCGAUGACAGAUGUUUUGGAUAUAUUUUGUAAUAAAUACAAAAGGACUACAA